AUGGAUGUUAUCUCUAUAAUAGAAUUCCCUGGAAUGUAUUCUUUAGCCGUUGGUCUAUCAACACCUCCUCUUAUCGUCUUAAACAGAGGAAUCGAAGAUGAAUGCCAAUGCUCACGGCCGUUGGGAAAGCAAUGCAAGUCAUGUCCUAGCAAGCAAAGGAACUCUAAAGAAAGGGCCAAAAGUGGUUUAGCUCGAAGAGCAGGCUCAGGUCUCAAGGUCGAGUUGUCGGUCAGGAGUUCUAAAAGAGAAGGGCAGAGGUUCAAGCGGUGGAUCGGUAGAGUUAACAUCGGGAGUAGUAGUAUAGCUGUGAGAGUAGCGGCGAUUGUCCUGCUAAAGGAAGGAGCGUCGAUAGAUCGGUCCAAAAAGCCGGGCCCUUUAGGGAAGAUCAAAUCUUCCAGUAAGGAGUUCUGGAGUAAGAGUCCACAGAUAUGGGGAAAGCCCAUCGUUGCCCUUUUGUCGCUUUCGCCGAUCAUAAGGGCCCUUCUCGGGCAUGAAAGCCCGACUUCCAGAUCCAAUGUUUCGAAAAUAAAGAGAAUGGAAUACCCCUUCCGCUGGGUUAGCUGCUCUAUCGGCACCGCCCUUCUUGGGAGUUUCCACCACUUCGAGAUCGUAAAAGUGGCCGACGGAAAUACGACUCCCGGAGCUAAUGAGCUGACUUGGGCAAGAGCAUUCCUAAGGGCCAUUCUUUCAGAUGCCAAGUGGCAAGGCACCGGUGAUACCGGCACUCGUAGGCCUCUGACUCUAGGGAAAAAAGAAAGAAUCGGAUGCACAGUUGGUCAAAGGUCGAGAGAUUUGGAGGAAGUCCCGGGAAAGGAGCUCCAGCAGCUGCAACUGAUGAUACGCGGGAAGUCUCGCCCCACGGGGCUCUGCGCCAGGUCGGCACUAAGGCAGUGGUUGUGCUCCUGUCUGAGGUUUAGCUACUGGAACAACCGGAAAACUAUAUUUGCUGAAUUGGUUUCCGUAAUUCCGGAGAUCCUUUCGUGGUGCGAGCCCCCGUACUCUGACCGUUUGCCGACCAAAGUUCUUUCAGGUACCUAA